GAAACCAAAAAGCAGCCCUUUUCAUCCAACUUCAAUCGCAUUUAAUUCAUCAUUCCAGUGCCUCCCAUACCACCACCGCAUGGAUCCUGAUUUUUACACAAUAUACGACUAUCAAAUAUCACGUGGUCCAGUCGGUAGCAGCGAAGGGUAGCAGGGUAUGCAGUGAUGGCGACUCGUCGAGCAGCCGCUCGCAUGUCAGCUGCGUUUAAAGAACGUCCAAUAUUUGUAUGCUAUGUAGAGAAAAUUCGAAAAUGUGUGUGAUCAAAGUAAGGCGAUCGUCAAUGAGAUAUUCAAAAUGCCUGGAUCGGGCAAAAAGCGAGGGAGGAAGAUGGCCCCGAAGAAGAUGGCCAAAAAUAAAAAUUCUGAUGUCACCAUUAACGAUUUCGCCAAUGCUUCAUCGGGACUUCACGGCAGAUUGACAAAAGCCUUGACCUUCAGAACGGACGUAGCAGAUUGCGAAGGUCCACAUCAUACGAAAGACGAAAUAUUAAAUGUUGAAGAAGUUUCAAAAGUCAAAGAUACAAAACCGAGAAGAAAAUCUAAGUCAAAAGAUUUAUCUGAAGAAGAUCAAGGUACUGAUUAUCCGCUUGAUUUGUGGUUUCUGAUAUCAGAGUACAUAGAGCCUGAAGCUGUUGGUAAAUUUGCCAGCAUUUGCAAAAGUUCUUACCAUGUGGUGAGAACAGCAAAAUUUUGGUUCCACAUUUACAAAAGAUAUUAUAGGCACGAUGCUAUUUUACCAGCUCGACUGCGUCCUGAUUGUAUGGUCCGGGUUGAAGGUUUACGUGCAUGUGUUAUCAGAGCACUACAUCUGAUGUAUUUUUCUUCAGGUGAAAAAGUUGGCUCCAGACUUAUUUCACAGCAAGAUGAACCCCAUUCGCUUGUCAAUAGAAAAUGCUGUCUCAUGUGGCACAAAAAAGGAAAAACGCGCUGGUAUUUUUAUUUUAAACUGAAAGAGGUAAAAAAAAAUCGUUAUACCGCGAGUCGAGGGGAAAGUAAUUGGGAUGAUGAAAAAUCAGAUUCUUCUAAUGUCUCUGAAAAUGUGUCGGCCAACACAGAAGACGGCUGUCGAAUUUUACGGGUAUCCUGUUUAAAAUAUGGUAUGGUUCCAUUGGUAAUGGGACUGACUCUACAAACAGUAAAAGUGACAUUAUCUCCCGGUUUCGAUCACCAUCGAAUUCAAUUGAAUUUUGGUACGAGUUACAUUCCCAAAACUCCAACCCAGGUUAUCUUGCUAACUAGCGUUGUCGAUCUCAAAGUUUUGGACUGGUGGCAUCCGUGUUAUCCUCAUCAGGAUGUUGUAUCCUCAACCAUUCUUGAAGAAACUACCGAGUCAUGGGACUUUGUUCCCUCAGAUUAUCUCACUGUUUAAAGGGAUGCUAAGUUUACAAAGAGAUAUAAAAAGCAAAAAUAGGAUAAAAAAUAACUUUAUUGUUUUUGAAACAUUACAUUGCAAAGAUUUCAUCGGGUUAUUGUAAAUAAUGUACUAUGAUUUUUGAAGCACUCUAUCAGUUGCGAAAAUACAAGAAAUAUAACUCUAAAGAAGAUGGACAUUUUUGUAGAUGCUUGAUAUUGUGAUCGAGUGUCAGAUUUUUACUGAGACUGAACAACUGAUGAAUGGUCUUAAAAUUAUAUCGUUAUAUUCGUAAUAAAUCAAACACAAUUAAAA